UCAGAGGAGACGUCGUUCUUGAAGCCUAAAUUCAAAAGUAAUGUUAGCUGACUGUUUUGCUGGAUUGGUUUUCAACACGGUGACGAAACUUUUAAACUAAACCUAAGCACCUUCGUUGUUUAUCGAAACAUGGAGCCUAUGAGCGAAGAUUUAAAAAUGUAUUUUUACGAGAACAGACUAGCUACUUAUUCAGGGUGGCCGUUUGACGAGGACUGCGCAUGUACGUCGGAAAAUAUGGCCAAAGCUGGUUUUAUUCACACACCCAGUGACAACAGUCCAGAUGUUGCCCAGUGCUUCUUCUGCUAUAAAGAGCUGGAGGGCUGGGAGCCCGAGGAUGAUCCUCUCAAGGAACACAAAUCUCAUUCUCCAAGUUGCAAUUUCAUUCUGCUGAAAAAGGCAGUGGAGGAGCUCACAGUGGAGGAGAUUCUGAGGCUGCAGAAAGAGAGGCAAAAGUUCCACGUUAAAACGACCUGCAAGCAAGUCAUUGAGAAGUUUGAGGAAGCAGCAAAAUUGAGAAGAGGAGACAUUAUCAAACUCGCCAUGGAAGGCUAGAGUUUUGAAUGUCUUUUCCUCAUAUGCUUGCUCUUUGGUUAUCAGUCUUUGACAUGGUUCUAAGCUGUACUACCAUCCUUGUGUAUACUGAACUUUUUUUUUCUUCAGAGAAUGACAUUCUUCAUAACCUCUUUAAUGCAGUUUUAUAUAAACUGCAUUAAUCAUAGAGGUGGAUUCAUAGAACCUGGUUUAUUUCCUUCUCUAUAUUCAUGCUGUUGCUUGGAUAAUACAGCUAGAUACUGUAAUUGGAACUGAAUCAUCCCUUAAAGUCCUUUAAGUUUAAAUGUGUUUAUUAAUAGUCUAUACAACUCCAUUUUCUAUGUUUUUCAGGUCUGUAAUGAGUACAGCUACAUAAGUCAUAGGGCUCAUCAUUGUUCUGUUGGACCAAUUCUCCUGUCUGUCUGCAACAAGGUCUUUUUUUUGUUUGGUUGGGUUUUUUUUUAACUAUAGUGUCUUUCAAAUGUUUCAUAAUUGUUAUAUGGUAGUACUUCAGUACAUUUGCACUAAUUUGUUUUAUAUCAGUAUUGUUAGGUUGUUUUAUGUGCAUUUUUGUUUUACUUUGUUUUGCAGUAAUAAAUGUUACAUGGUUUUUAAGCCUAUUUUUGUUCUUGUCCUUGACUUGUAGAGAACUGACUAGGCUUUUAUAUUGCAAAGAUAUGAUCAAAGUUCCAUCUUGUCCAUUAGACUGGGCUUUGAUGUAGGCAGUCUUCUGGUCAGAAGUUAUCCAUUUAAAAAUAUAAUUAAAAUGCAUUCAAAAAGAUCAUAAAACAAGAUAAUGAUGUGCCAAAAAUGAGCAAAAUUAAGAUUCUCAAUAAGUGUCAAUUUACAGAUGGUACACAUGAAAUACUCUUCAUGGCAUCUCCAGUGCUCUGUAUAUUAACUUAAAGCUAAUGUAUUAAAGCAGUCCUAAACUAUAAGUUAGUUUGAAUGCUUUGUUAAAGAGCAUUCGGGUGGUGUAGAUCAGGCCUUCUCAAACACCUUUCGACCAGGGACCCCUUUAACUUGUAAAGUAAACUCCAGAAACUCCCUCAGUACUGAUUUUACUAUAAGAACUAAAUCCAGCUGUUCAGAUAUAAGGCUAAUUUAAAUGUCUAGAGCAGGGGUCGGCAACCCUAGGCACGCGUACCACAACUGGCAUGCCGAGGAAUUUCCAGUGGCACGCUGACGAUGAUACACAAACCUAAUUAUUCAACACAUUAAAAAUGUUCAAACGUCAUCUUGAACUGUCAUUGGCUGUUGCAUGGCGAGCCUGCUCUUUUAGCAUGACUACACAACAAUAUAGCGCCCCCUCCCAGUGUUGCCAGAUACUGCUGACGUUUUCCAGCCCAAAAUAUGUUCAAAAAUCGCCAAAAUGCACUUAAACCCGCCCAAUCUGGCAACACUUACCCCUCCCCAUAUUUCUCCCAAGAUGGGCCCACUUGAUGCAGCAGUUGCGCUAAGAUGGCAAAGAAGCCGACAGUUCGGGCUUUCCUCUCCUCGUGGACCAAAGAAUAUGGGUUCAUUUCUCAGAGGGACCGUGCUGUGUGCACGGUGUGUUUUGAAACUGUUGUGUGUCGAACAUCCAGUGUUAAACGUCAUUUUGAGGCAAAGCACGAAAAGACUUUCAAAAAUCAGGCAGAUAGGGACGAAUCAAUCUCUCGCGCAGUGUGCAGGUAUGGGAAGCAAGCCCACACUUUAACAGUCUUUGCCUCAGCUAAAAACAAUGCCACUGAAGCUAGCUAUAUAACUUCUCACUGCAUAGCUAAACAUGGAAAGCCAUUCACAGACGGUGAAUACAUUAAGGAGGCCUUUCUCUCCAGCUUGGAUAGUCUUUUUGAGGGGCUGCCAAAUAAAGAGACAAUAAAAUCAAGAAUAAAAGACAUGCCCGUAUCAGCCAGAACUGUUGAGCGACGAAUUGGUGAAAUGGCAGAAAACGUAAGGGUGCAGCAAACAACUGGCAUAAAAGAUGCAGCGGUAUUUAGCAUUGCGCUUGACGAAAGCGUAGAUGUGAAUGAUGUGGCACGUUUGACAGUGAUGGCAAGAUAUUGUGGCGUGACUGUGAGAGAGGAGCUCUGCUGUUUAAAGCCAAUGAAUCCUGCUGGGCAGCUUUACCCGAAAAGUUCAACUGUCUUCGCAAUAUCGCACUGGCUUUAUUGUCAGUGUUCGGAUCAACAUAUCCGUGUGAACAGAUAUUUUCGCACAUGAAGAAUGCACUUUGCCCCUCCCGAAGUCAUCUGACAACGGGCCAUUCGGAAGCAUGCGUCCAACUCAAAGUGACCAGUUGCCAUCCCCACAUCUCGGAGCUAAGGAAGGGGAAGCAGGGCCAGGGAUCACACUGACUGAUAGGCAAAACAUUUAUUUUGUAACAAGGCUACUUCAAAUUUGCAGUUUAUUGUUAAACCACUUUAUGUAGGCUACUUGUCAAUGUUCUCUGACACUCAUUUAAUUUUUUUUCUGUAGUUUUAUUAUUCAUCAGUUCCAUUUCCAUUAGGCUGCUACGUCUUUAUUGUGAAUAACUUGGGCCUGUUACCUACUGAAAGAUUUUGGAUGUUAUUUUGUGAAUUUGUAUAAGCUGCUUGCAAUGUUGUUAUCCAAUGGGGGGGUGUUAUUAAACCUUGUGUGUGAGGUUAAUGGCAUAAAACAAGUGCAAUGGUGUUUUACAUUUGCUCAAUGCAUUAAAUAUCCAUAUCCGUCUAAAA